UCAGCAAACAACAACAGCAGCAGCAGCAGCAGCUAUAAGCCUAUAAGGUAAAGCUAAAGAGAGAUAGACUUUGGUUUGGUUGGUUGUUUGAUUGCUUGCUGAAGAGACCAAAUUAAAGGGACGGCGUUGCGUGCAUUACGCUAUCCUUCUUUUCUUUCUGUGUUCAUGUUCCAUUUUUGGGGACCUCUCUUUCUUUUGUGAUCAUAAAAAGGGAAUCUCUCUUUAUUCUUUCAGCUCUCUCUUUACUAUUCUAUUCAUCCUUCUCUCUUCUUCACAUAUCCUUUCUCCAUAUUUAAUAAACAUGGGAGAAGCUUUAGUAUUUUUUUUGUGGGUUUCUUCUAUUUCUGGUUAACAACAAAAAAAAGAAUGGUGGGUUUUGCAAGCAAUGAUGAUUAUGCGUGUUCCCAGUUACUGAAUCUAAUACCUAAAGAGAAAGAAUGGAUUGUUGAACAAGAAGAAGAUGAUGAUGAUGAAGAGAAAAAUCUUGAGCUAAGGCUUGGUCCUCCAGUUAAACGAGAUUGGAGAAUCAAACAUGAUGAUGGAUUCUUCAAGAACAGCAAUACUUAUAAUACUUCUUCUUCAGGGGCCAAAAGGGUAUUUUCAGAUAUAAAAGAAUCAGGGAUUGAACGGGUCAAUGGUAAUAGCCAAAACCAUAGCUUCCAAGCGAAAAGGGUAUUUUCAGAUAUAAAAGAGCCUGAGACUGAACGGGUCAAUGAUGAUAGCCAAAACCAAAGCUUCCAAACUCCAUGUCCAUGGCGGCAGCAGACAACCCCCUCAUUUCUCCAGCUUCAAUCAAUUCCAAAAAGCAUCCCUGUUAUGGAAAAUGAAUCAUCACAGCCCUGUAGCUCUCAACAGAAAGCAUUUUCACCAUCUCCUGCAGCUGUGCCCUGCCCUAGCAGUUCUGAUCAGAAAAGAAUUGGUGGUGCUCCAGUUGUGGGAUGGCCUCCAAUAAGAUCAUCUAGGAAGAAUCUGAUGAAAACAGAUCCAUGUGACAAGGUUGAGAAGAUUACUAAAAAUGGUUUGUUUGUAAAGAUUAAUAUGGAAGGAGUUGCAAUAGGAAGGAAAGUUGAUCUUAAAGCUUAUGAUAGCUACGAGAAGCUGUCUAGUGUUGUUGAUGAAUUGUUCAGAGGCCUUAUUGCUGCUCAAAGAGAUUGUUCUGAUCAUGGUGAGGAGAAAUCGAUUACGGGUUUGUUGGAUGGAAGUGGGGAAUACACGCUUGUUUAUGAGGAUAAUGAAGGAGAAAGAGUUCUUGUUGGAGAUGUGCCAUGGAACAUGUUUGUUUGCAGUGUGAGAAGACUGCGAGUCAUUAAGACAUCUCAGAUCCACAAAUUGUUCUUGUGUCCUAUUGGCACUAGUAAGAAGGGAAAGACAACACCAAGUGAUGCAUGAUUGCAUUUGAAUGGAUAUUAGUUAUGUUUCUUUUGCUCAAGGGAGUUUAGGGUUUGUUUUGAAGAAAGUUCCCCAUUCAAAUUAACUCACAUUAAGUUUAUAUUAUUCAUCUGUUUAAUUUGGUUCUAAUAUUGAUAUUGAUGUAGUACAACAUUGUUCUUAUAAUUCUUUUAUGGCUC